AUGUUAUCUAUCUUUUUUCCCAUCUCUAUCUCUUCAAGACAUCUUCUUUUUAACAACAUCUUUGAACAUUUUCCUUAUAUGUGUUCAAGUAAAGAGACAACAACAUACAUAAAGAAGACAUUGGACAUGAUACCAAGACCUUGGGCUUAUACCUUGCUUGCAUCUUGGAGGUAG